AUGUUUAACUGCCUCGGUGGUGUAGUGGCUAGCAUGUACGGCUGCACACCUGGAGGUCCUGGGUUCGAGUCCCGGGUCGGGCCAAGUUUAGUUAUUGAGUCUUUCUGUGUAGAAAGCUUCAGUAGCAGCCCGGAGUUGGGAAGUUGGCGGUGUUUCAACCCGUGCCUCGGAGAGCACGUAAAGCCGUCGGUCCUGCGCCUUAACUCUCACCGGUCGUGUCUCGUGUCGUCCCACCGGAGUAUGAGAGUGACAGGAAUAGAGAGUGCACGUUGUGUCUGCGCGUACACUUGUGCACUA